GUGGGUUACAGUCCCUUUUGCACAUGAACGGUAAGAGUGUUUUGAGUAGCCUACUCAUGUUACAAUCAUAACACGUUCCCAGUCCCAAUAGCGUAAUAACAACGCACGGCCGCCUUAGUAAUUUCUCUGACCUACUGGAAGGAGUGAUGGCAGAUUCUGAUGCUCCAAGUUCGAAUAUAAAUCCUUCCGAAAUAAGCCGUCACACUAGGUCUGAGGCAAGAAGAGAAUACGACAAAAAAAGAGACGCAUCAAAAGUCUGUUUAUUUUAUACUUUCGAGAGGUGGAGAGCGUUUAAAGAAGAACAUAAGCUCAAAACAGAUCAGCAUGUUGCGGAGUGUCUGCUUGAUCAUUACGCCGUGAGAAACAUAUUAUGUAAUGUAGAAACGCAAACAGAGAACGCUACGACAAUGUGGCCUUUGUCAACUGCGGGAGAACAAUCACUCAGCAUGUGUUCGCCAGGUAACAACAACGUCCUUGUUCUAUUUUAUCAUGUUUUAAUACGUAUUUUCAACAUCCUUUCUUUAUAUGUAGUGAAGUCAUCAGCACCCUAUAUGUCACUGAGAUCAAGUCGAGGAAGAUUGACUCAGUCUGACCCUGAAUCUCAAGAGGAUACUCUUACAUUGUCUUUUAGAUCAAAGGAAGACCCAGACAUGACUUUGACCGCUAGCGAGGGCAAAGCAAAUAUGUCGUCGACAGUAACAUCCUCAACACCUAAAUCUAGUCGUCGAAGAUUGGUCCUGUCACAACAAAACAGUCCUUCAUUGUCUUUGAGGUUUGUUCAUCAAAAUAUGCUUUGUGAUUUGUGCGUUUGCUCAAAAUCAUUAUUACCUAUUUUUUCCCUUUGGUGCCAUUCAUUUUAAUACACCCCUUCAUUUUAAUAUCACCCCAACACCCAGGGGGUUAGAAAAACAUUUCUGCAUAUAUAAAUGCCCCAUUGAGUAGUUAAACGAAGCAAUUUAUCAAAUGUGGUGUGUGUACAGACAGUAAAGUAUAUUGGCUGGUUGACAGUAUACGGUAUACUUAUUGUUUAUUCA